GUUCCCUUUCCGAGCCUUCACGCUCUCGUGCAUUCCGCUCUGCUCCUAGUCCCUCCGCAUAGCCAACAAUGCUCGCAAUAGACCUCGCAGCAAGCAAGUCCAAGUCCAGACACGCCUCUCGCUUUUCCUCGUCGAGCGUCAACUCCGUCAGCGCGGAGUAUGCUAGCCCCGCCCUCACGCGCACCGCAGUAUCACUCGAGUAUGCCGCACUUCGACAUGCGGGCCACUGCCCACUAGGCAUGUAUGUCACCCCGUCUCCCGCCGACCUGCUCGUUUGGGACGCUGUAUUCUUCGUCCACCAAGGAUACUACACGGAUGCCAUUUUAAAGUUCCGCCUCAUAUUUCCGCAGAAUUACCCGGAGCGCCCGCCUACCGUCCAGUUCCUCACGGACGUGUUUCACCCACUCAUCUCGCAGAAGGAUGGCGUCUUCAACUUGGCACCGCGCUUCCGUCAGUGGAGGCCCAAGGAGCAUCAUGUAUUCCACGUGCUGCAUUGGAUCAAGGCUGCAUUCAAGAAACAUGCGUUAGAUGAGAUCAAGGAGGCAGACUGUCUGAACAAGGAGGCAUACCGAUUAUACCAUGAUACAACCUCAUCCUUUGCAGCACUUGCUACGCAAUCAUCACAGCUCUCACAAUCUGCCUCAGCGCUAUUUGACCGCGACCAUCCCUCUAUGGCAGGGAAGGGUAGCCAUGGUAUGCAUUUCCGCGAGCUCGAGCCCGAGCAGCUCGACGAACUUCGUGCCAAGUAUGUCCUCCAGGACUGGGGUGCGAUCGACCUACCCUGACGCGCCUCAGUCCUUGCGGCGUCUAUGAUGGUGUGCGUGCGAUAUUAUGAUAUAUAUGACUACGAUACAGUCAGCCUCUAUGCUCUACAUCGAUAUCCUGAAUGUAAGAUACCCAUAUCCAGAAGAUUAUCCUCCUUGAGGAGAGAAUUAAUCUAUACCUGCGUCAAUCCAUGGCCAC